CUUUUAAAAUAAUGAAUAAUUUGUUAUAAUUUGCAAUUCAGAUGCAAUUCUAUCAAUUGACGCGUUUGUUAUACGACUACAUGCCGGCCCUCUACGAGCACUUUGAGCGGCACGACAUCUCGCCCACCCUAUACGCCGCCCCCUGGUUUCUCACACUAUUCGCAUCACAGUUCUCCAUAUCAUUUGUCACUCGAUUGUUUGAUAUUCUGUUUCUAAUGGGAAUCGAAGCCAUAUUCCGGGUAUCACUGGUGCUGUUGGACACCAACAGUGAGGCUCUACUCGGGUGCGACGGUUUCGAGACGAUCAUGGAGUACCUGAAAGAGGUCGUCCCAAACAUGGACGUACUGGCGAUGGAAAGCCUAUUUGAUCGGGUGUUCACACUAGACAUCGGCGCUAAACUCAAUGUCUAUGAAGUGGAGUACCGUGUGUUUCAGGAGGAACUCAUACAUAUGUCCAAAAGCACCGGUAGCUCUAAAAUUAUAGUUAAUCGUAGGAUAUCUAACGAGUCGACAGACAAAGGUCAGCAGCACAGGGAUCAGGUCCAGGAGCUGGAGUCUCAAGUGCAGAUGUAUCAGUCAAAGUACGUACAGUUGCAGUCCCAGUGCGACACAUACCUGUCCACAAUUCGACGCCUGGAGCAGAGGGUGAGAGCGUGUGAGGACGAGAAGGAUGCGCUCGUCCACAGUGUCAGUGCUCUCCAGAAGCGCAACGAGAAACUAGAGCUCUUGGCCAAGACUGCCGGCGCCGCCGAUAAUAAUGAUUCAGACCUGGAGUCCAAACAAAAGUCCAGAUCCGAGCGAUUCAGUCUGGAGUCGGCGCCGGUAUUCAGUAUAAGCCGUGCCUCGGAAUCGCGCGAAACUCACGGCUCGGCUAACGGUGCGGAUCCCGAGGGGGACGACGACGAUGAGGACGAGGAGGGACUGGCUAUAGGCGAUGAGUACGACAUCGACAUAAACUCGGACUCCGAUUGCGGCGACAGAGACCCCGAUCAUCGACAGACUAGCGGUCAGAUGGACCGCACGCACAGUGACACCAGUAAUCUGAGUAUUUAAAGAGGG